UGACAGGCAAGUGGUGCUGAUGCUGUGACAAUGGGAGUCAUCCAGAUAAGCAGCAUCUGGACCGAGUGUGCUUAAAAACACAGCGGCGGCGCAACUGUGACUGUAAACGGGACGGGGAAGCAGCUGGGUGGAGAAACACGGGGAGGAAGCUCCAGCUGCUGCUCUCACAGGAGUUUGGCUUCCCUCUGCUUUUUAAGUCUAGUGAUGGGAGCAUUCAGCCGGCAGAAGUUUUUCCAGGAGCUUGCUCAUGGCUGCCUGCUGCCUACAGCUCAGCAGGGCCUGGAGCAGGUAUGGCAGCUGCUGGUUAUCUGCCUGCUGUGUCGGCUCCUCUGGAUGUUGGGCCUCCCCUCUUUUGUGAAACACUUGGGCACAGUGGCGGGAGGUUUCUACACUCUCUACCUGUUCUUUGAGCUUCAUAUGAUCUGGGUGGUCCUUCUCAGCCUUCUCUGCUACCUCUUCCUCUUCCUGUGCCGCCACUCUACCAUCCGAGGCACCUUCCUCUCCAUCACUGUGCUCAUCUACCUGCUGCUAGGAGAGCUGCACAUGAUGGACACCACCAACUGGCACAAAAUGAGGGGUUCACAGAUGGUGGUUGCCAUGAAAGCCAUCUCUCUGGCCUUCGAUUUGGACAGAGGUGUGGUGACCAGUGUACCCUCACCCAUUGAGUUCAUGGGCUAUAUUUACUUUGUGGGCACAGUCAUCUUUGGUCCCUGGAUCAGCUUCAACAGCUACAAAGAAGCUUUAGAAGGACGUAAGCUGAGCUUUUCGUGGCUUUUAAAAGUGUCUGUUAGCUGGGUGAAGAGCCAGGUCUGCCUUGUUAUUUCCAACUGUGUGGCACCCUACCUCUUCCCUUACUUCAUACCGGUAUAUGGAGACAAGCUACUACGAAGCAAAAAGAGGAGGAAGAUCAGAGGCACACCGGCAAAGUGGUUGCUGGCAUAUGAGAACACAAUGUCUUUCCACUUCAGCAAUUAUUUUGUCGGUUAUUUGAGCGAGACUACUACCACUCUGGCCGGGGCAGGCUUCACGGAAGAGAAAGACAACCUCAAAUGGGACAUGACUGUAUCCAAGCCACUGAAUAUAGAGUUUCCCCGGUCAAUGGUGGAGGUGGUUACCUCGUGGAAUCUGCCCAUGUCUUGCUUUCUGCACACCUAUGUUUUUAAGAGUGCUCUCAAAUUUGGGACGUUCUCUGCCGUCAUGGUAACAUAUACAGCCAGCGCCCUUCUGCAUGGUUUGAGUUUUCAUCUGGGUGCAGUACUAAUAUCUCUUGGGUUCAUCACGUACAUUGAGCACGUGUUUCGGAAGAGGCUUGCAGCCAUUUUUAAUGCCUGUGUUCUGUCAAAGAAAUGUCAGCCCAACUGCACUCACAAGAAUAAAAAGGCACUAUGGGUGUAUAUGAUUAACAUAGCGUUCAGCGCAUUGGCAAUACUCCACCUCACGUACCUGGGGUCUGUGUUCAACUCCAGUGUGGACUACAUGGAGGAGGAUGAGGACGAUAUUACCCAUCAUACCAUUCAGAAGUGGUCAGAGCUGAGCUGGACGAGCCACUGGGUCACAUUUGGAUGCUGGAUAUUGUACCGCCUCAUUCUCUAAUAAUAGGAGAGAGAAACAGAGAAGGUAAAGGAAGCAAUAAUUAGAUUUGUAAGGCUGGUUCUCCACUUCUGCACUGUGACUUUAUUCUGCAUCAGACCGAAGAGAACUGAAUCAACCUGUAUACAACAACAAACCAACACGCAGUGUUCAGGUUGCGCCGCAUGUUGGCUGGGUAAUCUAUUAUUCUAACCUGCUGAGGGACUAGUUUUGAUAUCCAUGAAAUGAUAGCCCGCUCCUCCCUCCUUGUCUCCUUAUCGCAUCCUUUUUAUCUGAGCCGCAGUUGUCAAGGCCUCAUGUUGUGACAGCAGUUACCGAUGUCUCACUGCGAGUCACAAUCAAUACCUAUCAGCAUGGAGGAGAUCGGCUGCUCCUUUCUGUGGACACAUGAUAGAGCCCAUUAUCUAGGUUUCAGCGUCGACUGUGGCAGAUGUCCUCCAGAUGUGGUUUCCCCUUGCCUCAAGUGUUUUACAAUCGUAUUUUUAGGUUUGAAGGAUAAAGCUUGUGAUAGUCUAUGGUUUUCUUAUUUUCAAUGAAUCCCAUAAAAAUACCAAAACUAAUAAUGUAAUCUGUCUCCCAGUAGUCUCUGACUUCCCAGCUUGUCUUGGGGCUCUCAGCCAAACCCACUGUAUGUGUUUGAAUUUUUUAAAAGGCUGAAUACUUUUCUGAAACAGCCUGGCGCUGCAGUUUCAGCAAACAUUUCUGAAACGAGUAAAUGCAUUUGUUGUCACUGGCACAUUUUUUACAACAAUGGAUGUCUAUGACACAGAAGAAUAAGAUGUAUCAGGCUACAUCAUACAGAGACAACAGCUGUUAAUAGUAGGGAUGAGUGAGUACACCAUCAUCUGUAUCUGUUCAACCAACUAAAUUAUCUGUAUUCAUAUCUGAACUUGAAAUGGGGUUUAAAGUGGACUCAGGUGGUGCUUAAAGCGCAAGUGGCCGGGACUAAUCAGAAGUUGUUAAUUUAAGCCUGAAAUGGAUAAGGGUUUAUCAGAAGUUGCUGUAUUUAUUGGAAAACUAUUUAUAGAACAGCCUCAGAAUUGAGCUUCAGAGCAAUGUUUUUGAUCACAAGAGUAAGAGAACUAUUUACAGAGGAUGUUUUAAAAAAAGUUAGUAUAUUUAUAAUGUGUAUAUGUAUGUAUAUUUUACUUAUUGUAAAAGAUGCUUGUUUCAGCUGAGUACUUGCUCAACCCUAGUGAAUAGAAUCAAUUCAUAGCUGGUUUUGGUCUUUUCAUGCCAUUUGUUGGCAAUAAGAAAAAAAGAUAAAGCUAAAUCACUUAACUUCUCCUUUAUCAGAGUUCGUCUCCUGAGCAUGUGUAAAACAACAAAGAGUUUACCUCUGAAAGAAAAGAGCACAGGUUAUAGUUGAGAGGCAGCAAUUAUACUGUCACCACUAAUUAUUUCCCCUUUUGUGAAUUUUAGAUAAAGAAAAUGAACAGAAAGUCUUUGAAUUCAUUUUUGUGGUGAAAUUUCCUAAUGGUGUUUGUAUUUUGUUUUGUGUUAUUUUAAUAAUUUCUUUUAAAUGUAAUUAUUUUUCCUUAAAAAAAAAGUCUUGUUAGUAUUUGUGAACAUUUGAAACACUCUUCAGUACUGAAAGUUUAGAUUCAGGGUAUUCCACGUGUUACUGUACAGGAAAAAAAAGUUUAAACUUCUCUUCCAAUUUCAUAUUAGAUGAAAUCAUACAGUACACUACUGAAAUAUUUAUCCUUACAGAUUUUUACUACACUGCUGCUUUUAAUGAUGCAUUUAUGUCAUUGACGAUUACCUGGUGAAAGAAUCAAAAGAGCAUCUGUAAAAGAUUGUGUUCACAUUUUGUCUAUUUCUUAAAUCUAGAGCGUCAAAGGAUUUGCUUCUUGACUAAGAUGUAGUGUUUUAGAUUAGAGCCUGACUGUUCGUUCAUGCCUGAGAACAAGUGCUCAGUCUCCGCAGACCUAGUACCACUCACUCCAACAAGUACAGUAUUUUAAAUAUUAUUCUGAUAUUUACUUUAAACCAACUUCUCUCCCUGUAAAUGUGAAGGCACUGAUACACCUGUGAUAUUUUUAUAAAAUUUUACAUGAAACCUGAA